AUGCGAGUUCUAAACUCUUGCCUCGGCCUUAAUGAAGUUUUCGAAGGUCUGAAAAAUCUGAAAGUUUCAAUUUUCGAAAAAAAAAGACGUAUUGCAGAAGGCGUCACAUUGGUCGAAGACUUGACGCGAUGUCGCGAGCCGAUGCCGUCCAUAGAAGCCAUUUAUGUAUAUCAUUUCGCCGACGGCAGACUCGAUCAAGAGGCUCAUCGAAGAUUCCACUCAAAAAUCAAAAUACGCGCUGAGAAAUUCGUACAAAGUGACUAA